UAAUUAUAAAAUUAAAAUAUCUUAAACUAAGAAUAUUUUUCUGUUUUUGAGUAUCGACAGAUAAGGUUGUUCUUAUAGUUUCAAGCAGAGAUGACAUGUUGCAGCAGGUUACAUGACGAAGUCAGCACUCGGAACGUCGCGUUUACUGAAAUCGUCAAAAAGGAAUAUGUUUGCCGUCCAAAAAGUAUAAAAUAAAGGACGUGAGGCAUACGCGCUAGAUCAGAGCCGUAAGGAAAAAAAAAACAAUAGGAGAAGAGUAAACAAAACAUGAAAAGUACGCUAUGACGACGACCAUGACUCACUCUGUCUCUUCUUCUUCUUCUUCAGAAUCUAAUAAAACCAAAAAAAAAAAAACAAUUAAUCAACGCAGCAUAGAAAAAGCUCUCUUCAUCGACCAAGUCUCUAUAAAGCAUCGUGGCGUUCGUUUAGUUCAAAAGAACACAGCCAUGAGAACAAAGAACAAAGGUAAAGUGCACCCAUCUCCUUCCCCGCUUCCACCAUUGUCUUCUUCUUCAAAAGGAGACGACUGUCUCUCUGUCCUGAAGCUUCUCCCCGCCGUGAUUCUCGUUCUCGUCUCCGAUCUCUCCCCAGAAGAUAAACAAGUCCUUGCUUACUUAAUCACUAGGUCACUCAAAACCACCACCACCACCACCGUGAACGCCGGAGGAAGAAGAAGCUGUUGCGAUUCGAAGAACAAGAAAUCAAGGACUCAUCAUAAAGCUCCCGAUUUCGAUUGUGAAUGUUUCGAUUGCUACACGAGUUACUGGUUUAGAUGGGACUCUUCCCCUAACCGUGAGCUCAUCCACCAGAUCAUCGAAGCUUUCGAAGAUCAUCUCGAGAAUAAUAAUAGCUCCGCUGCCUCCCAGAAAUCAAACGGUAAGAAGAAGAAGAAGGAUAAAUCAAGUCGUCGCCGUGGUGUCGAAGAAUCACCGAUUGCUAGCGAAAUCACGGAGCCCGUGGUUGUGCCGCCUUGCGAUGAAGUGAAAUCACCGGAAAAGUCAACAGAAAUGUUGAGUUUGCCGGUGGCGGCGGCGCCUGGGCACAAGGGUUUGGCGUGGAAAGUGUUACCGGACGUGAUGGGUUUAUUCAAUUCGCGUUUUUGGAGGCUUUGGAAUCCGAACGCGUAGAUGCAUAUCUUCGGCUCGAAACAAAUGCUGGUUUUUUUUUUUGUUUUGGAAUCCAAAACAAAGCUUAAUGCUUUUUAUAUGAAAUAUUUGAAUAGAACACACCUAGUUAUGUUGGUUGUAUAAUACUGAAAUGAUGAUAAAACAUAUGUUGCUGUAUAUACUUUUUCCUUUCUUUCUUUUUUUGAAUAAAAUGCAGCAGGCAUCUUAUGUAAAUCUAUUACUGUUUUAUUCCUUCUUGAGAAAGCAUCUUCAAUUUUCUCAAGAGUUGGUAAUUGGUUUUAGAGCUCUGAAACUUUAUGAUUCUC